CUGCCCGCAGACGCCGACCGCGACGCCGACGCCGCCACAGCCUCCGCCUCUGCCGCGACGCCAGACACGCUUCCCCCGCGCCCUGCUCCCAGCGCUCCGCCUGUGGCUCUGUCGGCGACACUCACCACCUCCCGAGCAACCGUCUCGCCAGUGACAACGCGACUACACUCCCGCCAAGGCAGUCAACGCUUCUUGUUCGCCAUACCGGACUUUUGCAACGCUUUACCUGUUCAGAUUUCGUAGUGGACGAUGGAUUCGAGACGGCGCAAACGUUUAACGCGGGAUAGCUCCGUAACAACUUCGUGCCGGCGUUUACCGCUUUUGUGAAACCGCUUUCGUUCGCAACAUCACCCGUCAUUCCGUUUCCAGAUGCUUAUCUUCGCUUAUGUCUUACAGUACCGAUGAGUAAUAAACUAAUAACUUUUAUGACCUGACACAAGUGAAAGUUAUGUUGUAACACACCAUCAGCUGCUUCCUCGUGUCUACCUUGCAGUUGUGUCAAUCGUGCUUUAAUCAUCUCUAGACCAGUGAAGUGUUUUAGAAAUACUUUUGUUUACUUCGGUAUUAAUUCUGAAUUCGUGUGCUCGUGAGAUGCCUUUCUAAAUUCAAAAAGUUUGUGGAACCUUCUAAAUUUGCGGCUACAGGUGUUUACCGAAGUGCAUCACUUUUUACUAAUGUAGUAAACUUUACGCACUGAUCUCUGUAAAUAAAAUUACGAUUUUCAUGUGUACACAAAGACAGUUACCUACGGUUUGUGAAUUUGGAGGUCGCUGUCGCGCAAACGAGGUGAACAGAACGAACGCUAGCCAGACUUCAUGCUACGACACUUUCUCCAGACUAAGUAAGGAUAGCACCAGUGUAUGACAGAAAAAACCUACUUUUAUGAAAAUAUCGCGUGUGAAUGAGAUGAAGCAUACAUCGCAAAAUCGUACAAGUUUGGAUUAACGAAAUUCUCUCUUCAAGCUCCUUUCCCCAUUUCUUUAUCUCGACUGUGGCAUAACCUGUGCAGAUUAAUUAGUUGUACUAUAGAAUGAAAGCAGAAAUUGGGUGAACUGAUAAAAUUAACUGUUUAUUGAAUUGCUACUGGAAAUAAUUUUGAAGGGACUGCAGCGACUUUGGAAAGUAGCAGUGGUGUCUAUAGUCUAUAGCCCUCUGUCCAGGCCAUUCAUCGCAGCAUAUAUAAAGACCAAUCUAAUCUUGUUGUUGACAUCAUUGAAUCUGACGCAUCUGGUGAUAGUGCACUGUGCCACAUAGUAGAGCUGCUGGUGCAUGAUAGAGAUAAGGAAAAAGUUACUUUUAUGCAAAUAUCGGUUGUGAAACAGACAUCAAAAAUUGAAAAAUCUUAUUAGAAUGGAUUAACAACGUUCUCUAUCUCUCCGUCUCCCAGAGCGCCUUAUCUCGAGUUUUCUGUGUUGGCAGUUGGAGUAAUUUGAGCAGUUCUGUUCGUCGCAUUUGAGAAUGAAAGCAUAAAUUGUGAGAAUGGAUAAAACCACUGAUAAGUGAGUCUGCGAAUUUGCGCUACACAUAUCUUUUAAGGGAAGGAUAGUGAUGCUGAAAAGUUCGAAAGGUAUAUACAGCCUUCUUUCCUGAUCCGUCAUCGCAGCAGAUAUAAUUCUUGAUAUCGUGUUCCUGAUAUCCUCGAAUCACAGCCAACUGGUGAUAGCACAAAGCUGCCGGUACAAGACUUAGAUAAGAUCCCACCUGGUGAGUACUCUCUCCACGAGUGGUGGCAACAAGAAGAAGAGUAUAGUGUUGCUGAGACCAGAGGCGAGUGAGAGCGACUGAAGAUGUCGUUCUGCCGCAUCACGGGCCGGGCGCGCGGGCUGCCCAAGCCCAACUACUUCCCGCUGCUGCCGCCCAUCUCGCCCGCGGACGCGCGCCGCUUCUGCCGCAUCACGGGCAAGUCGUACGGGCUGCCCAGCCACCACUACAUCCCCGUGGUGACGGUGAGGUCCGGCCGCCGCCAGCACUGCCACAUCACCGCCAGCUCCGAGGGCAACGAGCACCACCACUACCUGGAGAAGCAGGGCGCGGCAGCGGCCACCCGGCGGCACGUCGUCAUCGCCGACUACCGCUACGUCUUCCCCGUGCUGGACGACGGCGACGAGCAGCAGCGGCCGCUCACCGCCGUCCUGGCAACUAAGACGGCUUCCCAGACGGACGCGCGCUACGUGUACACCGUGGCCGAGCGCAGCUGCGGACUCGUCUUCCCCGCGCGCCUCGAAGCCGCCGUCCGCGACGGCGACGUCCGCGACGUCAUGCUGGCCAAGGACUCCGACACCGUGCUCUUCCGCAUGCGCCACGGCAAGAACGUCACCGUGGAGGUGCGCGACGUCGACCCGGAGAAGGCGGAAUGGUUCGAGGGCGAGGGUCCGACGGAGGACGUCAUCCGCCAGAGAGAAAAGGAGGACGACGAGAAGGGCUCCGCCACCGCGAAGAAGAAGAGGAAGCGCACUGGCAACCUCUCCUCCGUCACGCGACUCUUCGAGGAGAGGGAGCGCGAAGCAGAGGUCGCCGAAGAGAAGAUGGCGCAGUUCGAGAUGAAGAAGGCCAAAAUGGUCGAAUUGAAGAUGACCAGCCUCGCCCCUGGCAAAGCUCCCGGACCGGUGGUGGGUGCAGAGGAACUCAGCUGGAGACGUUUCGACGAGAAGCAGUUCCCCACAGACGCGCACCUGUACCUGGCUGCCGGCAAGGGCCGGGAGACGAUGGGACUCCUGGCAGCCGACGGUGACAUGGAAACGGCGCUGAAGGAAGCCGCAGCCGAAGGUGCCACUCCAGUGACGGUGGCACUGCCCAAGCCAGUACCGCACGACGCGGAGCUGGUCGAUCUGAGUCAGUCGCUGCCGGGCAUCGUGCCGCCACACACGGCACUCUCCCCCACAGACGUGGCUCCUCUGGAGCCCACGGCUGCCGUCGCACCCCUCCGGCCACUUCUGGAACAGCCGCCCACAGAACUGCAGGACGCCAUCCGUGCACUGGAUCCAGUACAGCUGGACUCCACUGACGGUAUCAAAGAAAUAUUCGAGGGCGGCGAGAGGUCCAACCUGUUACCUGGCGUGCAGGAAAUUCCGGGCCUAGUCGCCAGUCUCGAUUCUGGCGUAGAAGCCGUCAUCUGCGAUGACAAAGGUGGCCGUCGCGUGCAGGGCCUCAUGUUAGACAUUGCAGCGGCGCAGCGUUUCGUGGCAGGUCAAAAGGUGGACACUCCGAGUGGGCCAGUUUUCGUGCCAGGUCAGACGCUGCAGACGCCAGCUGGUCGUUGCUUCGUCCCCGGGUUCACUGUCAUGACGCCUGAGGGGCCCGCUCUGGUUCCAGGGCAGAAGGUUGACGUCAGAGAGGAAGACGGCAGUCUUACUCCUGUGUUUGUAGCUGGCCAAACUUUAGCUACCAGGGAGGGAGAGAAAUUUGUACAAGGACAAGUCAUGAACACACCUGAGGGCCCACGCUUCGUACCUGGCCAGACCGUUUUCACUCCUGACGGACCCAAAUUCGUCCCAGGACAAGUGGUCCACGAAAAGCAACCAGAUGGAACGGUUGGAGCAAAAUUCGUCGCUGGACAGACUGUAAUGACGCCAGAGGGACCACAGUUCGUUCCGGGGCAAACGGUCUCUACUUCAGAAGGCGAGACACUCUUUAUUCCAGGUCAGAGCGUUCAAAUGGAAAAUGAGUGGGAGUUCGUACCAGGGCAGACGGUAAAAACGGCUGAAGGAGAGAGAAAGUUUGUUGCUGGCCAGACAUUAAUAACGCCGACUGGGCCGAAAUUCAUUCCUGGAAGAACUGUCGGAGGCACCGACGACACUCCACUACAGUUUGUGCCCGGAAUAAGCGUGAAGAAUGAGGAUGGAACCCUGUCUUUUCUGCCAGGCAAAACAAUAGAUACCGCAGAAGGACCAAAGUUCGUCGAAGGCCAAAUUUUGCAGACAACAAAAGGGUUAACAUUUGUUCCGGGAAAGACAGAUGUCUCUGAAGAUGGAGUGACCGUACGACAAUUUGCUGUGGCGAAGAGUGUCGAGGACGUGAUUCUUUCAGAAAAAAUACUCGAAGGUUUGCCAGUUAGUGCUAGUACUAUCGGUGCACUGACAAUGAAAGAGAAAGAAUCUGUUUAUGGACACAUGGUGCAGACGACUAGUGGAGUCGAAUUUUUCCCGGGAAAUGCCAGUGGACUACCAGCAGGAAAAGUGGUGCCUGGAAAACUUGUACACGGAGAUAAUGGUGAGGUCAGGUUUGUCCCAGGAAUUUUUGUGAAAGAAGAAGGAAAGUUUGUUCCAGGUCAGGUGGUUCUGACAGAGAAGGGCGAACAGUUUGUGCCGGGUCAAGUUGUCGAGACGAGGGACGGUCCAAAAUUCGUGCCCGGACAGGUGGUGGAGACGAGAACUGGGCCAAAGUUCGUCCCCGGGCAGACCGUGGAGACUCCGGAGGGACCGCGAUUCGUCCCCGGUCAGAUAGUGGAGACGAAAGCGGGACCGACUUUCAUUCCCGGCCAGGUCAUCUCGACUCCGGAGGAAGGUUCGCGCUUCGUACCCGGCCAGGUGGUGGACACGGCAGAUGGUCCUAGGUUCGUGCCAGGCCGAGUGGUCGAGACGGACGAGCACGUGGCCUUCAUCCCGGGCCAGGUGGUGGAGACGAAGGACGGCCCACGCUUCGUGGCGCCCGACCUGCAGCAUUCCCCGGAGGGCGGCUUCGAGUUCUCGGUGCAGGGCUUCGAGGUGACGCCGGAGGAGCUGCGGCUGCUGCGGCCGCCCGCCGUGCACGUGUCGGGCGGCGAGGCGGCAGUGGACGCGCGCAUGCUGCGGCAGCUGUCGGACGCCGGGAUGGCCGUGGGUAGGCAGGUGCCCGCAGAGCUGCCAGAGGUGGCCGUGCGCGAGGACAGUGCGGGCGCCCAAGUCGUGCACCACAUCACCAACAAGCUGGCGCUCUCCGGCGCCGCCGCUGUCCGAAUGGCCGACGUGCUGGCCAGCGUCGCCAAACUCAGCGGGGACGUGCUAGAGAGCGCCAAGGGCGCGCCGCUGGACGCCGCCAGUCUCUCGGAGAAGGUGCUCGAAAGCAUGAGGCUCGCCAGUUCCGGGGCCGUAACCGUCGGCAGCGAGACUGUGAAGGAGUUCAUCCGCUCUGUCGUCUCGGCGGUCGUCGUCACGGCGUCCCAAAAAUCGGAAAGUUCCGGAGAGAGUUCGAGAGACGCUAUAAUAGCGGCAAUUGGCCCAGUAUUCGACGAGCUACUCAAGGACGUCUACGAUCUGGAACCCGACAACAGACAUAAAGCAGCCGAAGCGUUCGUGGAGUCGCUGCACCACUACCUAGUUUCGCCGAGCAACGUGAGAAGCGUCCGAGAGAGCGCCGCCAGAAUGCUGGGCGCCGAAGCGUACUCGAACGUCGCCGUCUUGGAGGAGCUACUGCGAGAACGGAAUAUGGACGCAGUCGUCGAGAAGGUCGCCGCAGUGUUGAAGUCGGUAGACGGGACUAGCCGGCAGCAGAUCGUAGGCGACGCGUUCAAGCAGAUAUCGCAAGGCAAUCCGGAACUCGUCGGCCAAGUGCUGGACAAGGUUUCCGAGAGUCUGGCGCAGAAGGACCCGGCCGAGUUGCAGGAAGCGACGGCGACGUUGCAGAAGGCUAUAGUGAAGGCGGUGCGGGAGAGCAGCGAGCAACAGCUGCAGCAGCAGAUCCGAGACGCCGACACCGGCGACGACAGAGAGCUGCGCGCGCUCGUGACGCAGGCGAUCGGGCUGGCGCGCGCGCUGGACAUGCACGACGCGGCCGCCGCCCUCGCGGCCGUCCUGUCGGACCCGCGCAUCACGCAGGCUCUGGCCGGAGACGUCCUGGCGCUGGACGUGCUCCGCCGCCUCACCGUGAUGCGGCAGCUGGCCCAGCGCAGGCCGAGCUUCGCGCGCGCCCUUUCCCGCCUGCAGCCGACGGCGCCGGGCGCCGGCGAGGAGUCUUCGGCCGACGCGGACGAGGAUUCGGCACGCUGCGACCCGUACCUGCGCGAGCUGGUGCGCCAGAGCGCAGCCCUCACAGACGACAGGGCGGCGCCGCCGCUGCAGUCCUCGCACGACGUGCCGGCCGCGCUGCUGCUGGCCGGCAACUGGCUCGCCAUAGAGGACUUCGUGUCGCGGCGGCCGUGGUCGAGGCCGGGAGCGCCCAUCCUCAUCAUCAAGCAGGGCCUGCAGGCCGUGGUGCCGCGCGAGGCGGCGCGCGCCGUGCUCACGGGCGAGGUGGCCUACACGCUGCUGGACGAGACGGGCGUCAGCCACUUCGAGCCGCUCAACGUGUUCUCGGCGCUGCGGAUGCCGGCGCGCGCCGCCGCCCACCGCUUCUCCAUGUACUCGGCCGCCACGCUGCAGCUGCCCGCCCCCGCCGAGGAGGAGGAGGCGGCGACGCUGACGGCCGCCAGCUCGACGGACGACGUGCCGCACGCGCAGGGGCAGGCGGGCGUGCCGUGGCGCAGCCUGGCCUCCAGCGACACCGUCACCUCCACCAGCCGGCCCUUCUACACCGCCAGCGAGGACGUCCGCCGCGGCUCCUGCGGCGACAGCAUCUGGAGCGUCGACACGCAGAUGACAGAGCUGUCGGACCUGUACGUCGCGACGCAGGACUUCACAGCCGAGGAGGCGGACGGUCUGUCGCUGAAGAAGGGGGACAUCGUCGAAAUAAUCGACAGCGGUGACCGGGAGUCGGCCAAACGGCCGCGGCUGGACCCCGAGCUGUCGGUGGGCGAGACGGGCGCGCUGCUGGACAGCUCUGCGGCGCGGCACAAGCUGUCGGUGCGGCCGCGCAGGAAGCACGCCGACCCCCGCCAGAGGGACCGCGACGAGCCCACCUCACCCACCGACCCGGAGGCCAGGUGGCUAGUGCGACGAUGCGACGACCCUUCGACGCAGGGCUGGGUGGCCGCCAAGUUCCUGGUGCGCGCCACGGACGACGUCGGCCCAGAGAGCCAGCUGCGCGCCGAGGUCGCCUGCCGGAGGAGGGAGGCAGUUGUUCGAGAGUUAGUGGAGACAGAAGAGGAAUUUGGCCGAGACCUAAGACAAGUAGUGGAACGAUACAUGCAGCCACUCGACAACCCUGCUGUGCCACGAGUUGUGCGGGAUAACAAAGAUGUCCUCUUCAGCAACCUCAAGCAAAUUGCUGAUUUCCACAACACCAUCCUCAUUGAAGGUGUGAAGUACUAUGCAAGUGAGCCAACAAUGUUGGGACGUACAUUCCUGAGAUUAGAACGUGACUUUGACAAGCAUGUUGCCUACUGCCGUGAUGAACCAGCUGCACAAGAACUGCUGCAAGAAAAUGAUGAAGUCCGAGAUUAUUUCGAUGAGCUUAGCCAGCAACUUGGUGACGACAAGAGCUUGUCGGAGCAUCUGAAGCUUCCAAUCCAGCGAAUUAACGACUACCAACUCCUACUAAAGGAGCUGGUGAAGUAUUCUUCUCGACUUGGCGAAGACACUAGCGACCUCCAAAAAGCUCUUGAUUUGAUGCUAGCUGUGCCCCAUCGGGCAGACGACAUCAAGUUUAUUAGUAACAUUGAAGGGUAUCACGGUAACAUCCAUAAGCUUGGUAGGCUAUUAAAACACGACUGGUUCACAGUAAGAGAUAAAGAAGGAAAGCAUAAAGAGAGGUACUUAUUUUUGUUCAAGGCGCGCAUUUUGGUCUGUAAGGUUCGGCGGAUAUCUGAAGACCGGUCUGUUUUUGUUCUGAAGGAUAUUGUCAAAUUGCCUGACGUAGAAGUUGAAGACCAUAAAGAUAAUUUAAGAGUGUUUGAACUACAUCAUAAAUCCAGUGGUUUUGGAAAUUUUCCACUAACUAUUUCUGCACAUUCAGACACUGUUAAGGACAUCUGGUUAAAGGAAAUAAGACAAUAUUCUACGGAUAAAUUUGCUCUUGCUGAGCAUGCUGCUGAUGACCUGCAGUUAAAGAGUCAUACUGAAGAUACAGUUGAUACAAGCCAAGAACAAACAGUUAAAAAGACAUCUGUAACAGAAGUUGUUUCAGAAAAAUCAAAAGUAGUGAAUGGAAUCAUAAAGGAACACACAAAAGAGUUGCCACAAGAAAAUCAGAGUGAACCAGAUAAGAAAGGAAAAGAAACAGUAAAGAAGCCAUUAGAUUCUGCAGACCAAGACAACAGGGGGCCACCAAAAAAGCAAAAAACUACAAAUAUUAUAGCGGAGGAGAGCAAAACAGACCAUCAACACCAGUCUUUUGAAAUAAAGGAGAGCGAAGAACCAACAAAACAAGAAUCACAAGUGACACAAAAAUUGAAAGAUUCACGACCAGUGACUAAUGGUCCAGAACUGCUUCAUGAAACUGAGAUCAAAAAAAUAUCUGAAACAGAAAAAGUAGCAGAUUCUCAUAAAGCAAAUAACAUAAGUCAAGUCAAACUAGACCAGGAACAGUUGCCAGAAAACACAGAAGCCUGCAAAACAGAAUUUAAGUCUGAUAUUGAUAUUGUGAAAAGCUCAGAGAAAGUAAAUAAUAUUACCAACUCUGUUUCCACAAAAGAUAAAGGAAGUAAUAGCCACAACAUACUUAAGACUGCAGAAGAGUUAGAAAAGGCAGAGAAACAGGUAGUAGAAACUAAUAAAACAACAUCACCAAAUACUUUAUUGGACAGACAGGACGAGAAAAAUAAAGUAGAGGCAGAAGAAAAACCCACAGUUCCUCAUACAGAACCCACAAAUAGAAAAGAGGGAAGCUCAGAUGCAGUUAGCAAAGGCAGUACAUCAGCAGGGUCUGCAAUAGAGAAGUCUGAACAGAAGGAGGCUGAAACAGAGGACAAGUCCACUUCUGUUCUCACAGAAUCUGCAAAUAAGAAAGAACAACAACCUACUGCAUUACCUGUAAGUGCUUUACCAGGAAGAGCUGCAUUAGAGGAGUGUGCAGAAAAGAAGCCAGAAACAGAAAGAAAAUCAACAGAUUCUCUUACCCAGUCUACAAAUAAAUUAGGUACAAAAGAGGAAAGUUUAGAUACAGUUAGGAAAGACAGUACAUCAGCGGGGUCUCUGAUAGAGCAGUCUGAACAGAAGAAGUCAGAAACAGAGGACAAGUCCACAACACUUGUCACAGAUUCUGCAAAUAAGAAAGAGGAGCAGCUUACUGUAGCACCUGUAAGUGCUUUAUCAGGAAGGACUGCAUUAGAGAAGUCUGAAGAAAAGAAGCCAGAAACAGAAAGAAAAUCAACCGAUUACCUUGCCGAGUCUACAAAUAAAUCAGAGAGAAAAGAGGGAAUCUCAGAAACAGUUAGCAAAGGCAGUGCAUCAGCAGCAUCUGUGAUAGAGAAGUCUGAACAGAAGAAGGCAGAAACAGAGGACAAGCCCACAACACUUGUCACAGACUCUGCAAAUAAGGAAGAGGAACAAUCUACUGUAGCUCCUGUAAGUGUUUUACCAGGAAGGACUGCAUUAGAGAAAUCUGAAGAAAAGAAGCCAGAAACAGAGAGAAAGUCAACAGAUUCCGUUGUCCAGUCUACAAAUAAAUCAGGGACAACUUUUGACCCAAGUGUUACAAGUCCUGCCUCAGAAAAAACUAAAGAACCCAUUGAUCUUACUGCAGAAACCAGACAUAUAGAAGACUCCGUCUCUGCAGAAUCUGCCAUUAAAAAGCCUGCUUCACAAGAAGAAAAGACAUUAGUAACAGCUGAAGUAUCAAAAUUAAAGAAAGAGGCUCCUGAAAACAAAGAAGACGACAUGGAUCAAUAUAUGAGUUUUGAAUCAAAACGUAUCUCCUCAUCUUCAAGAAGUGUUCAUGAAUAUUCUUCAGUGUCAAGUAGUCAUCUCAGUGAGGAGAUCUACAUGGAGUCAAGCAAUAUAUCAUCUUCUGAGUCCAUGAGGGUAGCAUCAACUACAGCACAAUCUGUUGGUGGUGGUGAUACAGUAGUCAGACUUGCUCUGACUUCCAGUGAUGGUCGCCCAGUAUUCACUGAAACUAUUGAAGGCUGCAGUGUAGAACCUGGGCAGAAUGCUAUAUUUCAAUGCAAAGUUGCCUCUGAUUCACCAACUAAUAUGACAUGGCUGAAAGAUAAUCGGCCAAUGGAUGAUAAGCUAGCAGACAGAGUUAAAAUAGAAUCUAAAGAUAGCAGCAGUUUCAAACUGGAAAUUCAACACUGUUGUGAGUCGGACACUGGUAUCUAUACAGCUAAAGCAUCCAAUGUCGUUGGAAGCUCCACAUGUACUGCACAACUAGUUGUUCAGGACAUUAGUGAAGAAGAAAGGGCACGACGUGCUGCAGCAAAUAGUCCGAGUUUCUUAAUUCGGCUUAAGGACACAGAACUGCUAGAAAAUACAUAUUUGCGAUUUAUGGUAAAAGUUCAAGGUACACCGAACCCAGAAGUAACAUUCUAUAAAGAUGGGAAACCUAUAGAAAAAGGAAGUGACCACAUUCAAGUUGUAAGAGAUAAAGCCGAGUCUGGAUAUUAUGAACUUGUUAUUACUGAUGUCCACCAAAAUGAUGCAGGAAAAUAUUCAUGUACUGCUAAAAACAAAUAUGGAGAAGUGUCAAGUGAAGCAACUGUAACAGUUACAACUGAGAAGAAAAUUUUUGCUGGAUUAGAAUCAGCAGGCCUUUUACAACCUGGAGAAGAACCAAAAUUUACAUGGUUACGAGAUGGAAAACCAUUUGAUCCUGAAGAACGAUUUAAAGUGUUGUUCAAGGAUGAAGAGGAUUCCCUGGCACUUGUUUUUCAACAUGUGAAACCAGAGGAUGCAGGUCUGUACACAUGUGUGGCCUCUACUACAUCAGGAAAAAUAUCCUGCAGUGCUGAGCUGACUGUUCAAGGUUCUGUAAACCAGCUCCUGAAGGAACCAGAAGUCCCUAAAAUUGUAACUGAAACUAAAGCAACAGAAGUGAGUGUUGGUGGAUCAGCUAUGUUGGAACUCAAAAUAAAUGGCUUCCCUAAACCAGAUGUAAAAUGGUACAAGGACAACAAGGAAGUAACAGCAGGGGGCAGGGUUCGUUUUCUUUAUGAAGAUGAUGAAAGUAUCUCCCUUAUUAUUAAAGGUGUUACACCAGAUGAUGCUGGAAAAUAUAAGAUAGUAGCAAAGAAUGACCUGGGAGAAGAUUCUGCUGAAGUAGAUCUGAUGGUCAAAGCACCACCAAAAAUUAAGACCAAAAUGCAGGAUGCAUCAUGCAUGACAGAUCAACCAUUUAAGAUGACUGUUGAAGUGGAAGGGGUUCCAGAACCUGAAAUUAAAUGGUACAAAGAUGGCCAACAAAUUGUACAGACAGAUCGUAUAAAAAUAAUCAAGGAAACUUCAGAGACAUACACCCUCUCAAUUACAAGCACAAAAUUAGAGGAUUCUGGGUCCUACUCAAUUGUGGCAACCAAUGAAAUGAGCCAGACUUCUGAAUUUUGGAAAUUUGUUGUCCACUCUGGCCCACAGUUCCUUAAAACAAUGAACAAGUCAGUGGAAGCAAGGGAAGAUGAUACAAUAACAUUUGAAGUCAAGGUUCAGGGUGAUCCUAAACCAGAUGUGAAAUGGCUUAAGAAUGGGGAAGAGCUCAAAGCAGAUGGCAAGCACAUUAUAAUUGAAGUUGAUGGCCCAACACACACUUUAAUAAUCAAAGGCACUACAAGAAAUGAUUCAGGAACUUACAGUUGUGAAGUGAUAAAUGAUCAUGGCUGGAAAAAAGAUGAAGGAGUAUUAAAUGUCCGUUGUGCUCCUGAGUUCAAGAAAGAUCUGUCUGACCUUCAAGCAAAUGAAGGCGAUACAAAUAUUGAGUUUAAUGUUAAGGUUGAUGCAUACCCCAAGCCUAAAGUGAAAUGGUUUCUUGGUGAUAUAGAUAUAACAGAAAAGAAAAAUGAGUUCACUUGUACUGAAGAGGAAGGCACUUAUAAACUUGUUAUAAAGGAAGUUACAACAGAGUUGUCCGGAAAGUACACAUGUAAAGUGGUUAAUGACCUAGGCACCAGUGAAUCAAGUUCUAAUUUAACUGUCAAUUUCAAGCCAAAAUUUAAAAAACCUCUGAAAGAUGUCGAAGUAGAUGAAGGAGACAGCUUGACUCUGACAAUAGAAUGUGAUGCUUAUCCUGAGCCAAAUGUGAAAUGGUAUAAGGAUGGCAAUGAAGUAAGUGCUGAUGCGCGAAUAAAAAUCACAAGGGAUUCCACAAGAAAAGAAAGUUACAGUAUGAGUUUCACAUUGGUCAAAAGCUCAGAUGCAGGAGAAUAUGAAGCCAGAGCAGAGAAUAAAAUGGGAACUUCUUCAACAAAGAGUACUGUAAAAGUGAGCAAAAAAAAGGAAGAAGAAUAUUACAAGGAUAAGUCUCAAGAAGAAACUCAAGAAAUUAAAGGUGGUACUCUUGAGGAAAAAUACAAACUGAAGAUUGAAGAGGAAAUAAUAGAGGAACACUUCUCCCCAGAAUCAAUUAAAACAAAAGAAAUUUUUGAAGAAAGGGGAACACCAUUGAAUGCUGUACACAGCAAAGGUGCAGGGGACAGUGUUCCAGAUGACAGUGGAAAAUCGGUGACAUUAGAGAGACAGAGCAUUACAUAUUCUCGCGGCGACGGGGAUACUGUAACAAUAUCUGUAGCAUCUACAACACAUCAUGAAGUAGCAACAAUUUCAGAUAAUGGCUUGGAAGGUCCAUUUGCAGUACACUCUAUUUCUGAAACAAAAUCCACCAGAGUUGUCUGCGAAGAAUCAGAUGGCCCUGAAAGUGAGAGAGGUGUUUUCCUUAAGAAGCAUAGUGUUACACAUGAAGAAAUACAAGGAUCUCAGUCACCAUUUGUAAAUGAUCAACCAAAAAAUGCAGACAAGGGGAAACUGUUGGAAGAGAAAUCUGCUGAAAGAUAUGAAUUUUCUAAAGAAAAGAUCCAUCCUACAGAGUUAAAAAGGGAAGGACCAAUGUCAGGUGUUACAUUUGAGGAAAUAGAAGACAGCUCGCCAAACACACCUGAUAUUCACGAUAUUAGUCACAGGGGAGGAAUAGCAACAGUUGAAGAACCUGAGAGUGAAGAACAGCACGUGAAACGAUUGAAGAUAGAUGUCAGUAGAGGUGUGUCCAUUGUGUCACUUUCUGAAGACGAGGCUACCAGCAGAGCUAGUUUGUCACCGGGGGCUAUCAGUGAAGAAACCUUGGAAGUACACAGAAUUGAAAUUGGCAGCGUGUUUCAAGGUGAUGUAAAGGAUAUUCCAAACGAAACUAUGAAAGGAAAACUGUGGGAAACAGAAGGUGCAGUUGAAGUUCCUAACUCUCAGCAGGAAACUUUAAUUUCUGAUGUUGGUUCAGAGAAAGAUAAAGGAAAAAUGUAUGAAAAACAAGAUAUAGGUAUAAUUGAAAGCAAACCAAAAGAUGUUACAGACAAUGAAGACACACCAGAAAAAAAUGCUCUAAAGAAAGGUCAGCUUUUGGAUUCUGAUAAAAUAGAUGGUAUAUAUUCAGUGCAGGCGACAGAGCCGCAUCUGAUAAAUGAGAUGCCAAAAUCACAGACAGGUAAAGAAAUUAUCUCAGGCACCAAAGAAGACAUUGUAAAUGGUGUUCCAGAAAAUCAGUUACAUAGGACUGUGUCAGAGGAAAAGGCUCAAAAAGCAACGUGUGAGGAUGAUCCAGAAGUAGAAGCACUCCUGAAACGUAUUCAAAAGCAGCGCAGUGUUUUGGAAGAAAUCUUGGAUAAAGAAGGAGAGCGAAAAACUGAAGCUCCACCAGAGAUAAAUUCGUCAAAUUUGGAAGACAGAGAAAUAUAUGAGUCACUUGGAACUGUGUUUGAAGUAAAGGCAAGUGGAAUUCCGAAACCAGAUGUGAAAUGGUACAAAGAUGGAGAAGAAUUAAAGUCAUCAAACAGAAUAACCAUUUCUGAAGAUGGAGACACAUACAAAUUAGAGUUAAAGGAUGCACAGACAAGUGAUGCAGGUGUUUAUAAAGUGAAGGUUACAAACAGGCUUGGAGAGAAAACACAAGAAGCUAAGCUAAGCUUGAAACCUGUGAAUGAAUUCCGAAAGCCAAAGAUUAAGAUUCCACUCAAAGAUGUAGCAGUGUGCAAGAAUGAAGACUCUGAACUAACAUGUGUAUUUAUAGGUGAUCCUGUACCAACAGUGACUUGGUUCCAUAAUGGAGAAAAAGUAACAGAAGAUGAGAGGCACGUAUUUACUGCUGCAACAAAAGACAUUGGAGAUGGAUUAAAAGAGACUACAUUUACCCUUAAAAUUCCAUCUGGCCAACAUGGUGACACAGGCCAAUAUAAAAUCAAGGCUACAAACAAAUUUGGAGAAGAUGAAAGCAGUGCUCGCUUGGAUAUUCUGCUGAUUCCUGAGAUUGAUGCUUUGAGUGAUAUUACCAAGAUUCCAUAUGAAGACACUGUCUUUGAAGUUCAAAUACUGGCAAAUCCAAAGCCAAAAGUAACUUGGACAAGAAAUGGUGAAAAGCUAUCCAGUUCAGAUCACACAACUAUUUCAGAGAAUGUGGAAAAAGAAGUUUAUAAACUAGAAAUCAAGAAUAUUGGCCUUGGUGAUGAUGGUGUGUAUGUGGUUACUGCAAGUAACAGCCAAGGUGAACGAAGUCAGCAGGCAAAACUGACAGUGCACACGGAGCCUCCAUCCCUUGUUAAAAAUCUUGAAGAUCGUUCAGUUAAAGACUAUGAAGAAGUUGAAUAUAGAGUCAGAGUCAAUGGUGUACCAAAGCCAAAGAUAACAUGGUACAAAGAUGGAAAGGAACUGCAAAGUGGUGAACAUAUUGUGAUAGAAACAGAUUCAGAGGCUUUGGUAGUAAGCAGUCUCAGUAUUCAGCAUUUUCAGGAAUCUGAUGUUGGUGUGUACAAAGUAAAAGCUGCAAACCUUGUUGGAGAAGCAGAAAGCAGCUCCAAACUUUCAAUGACUCAGCUACCACCAUCAUUUGCUCGUCCUCUUGAUAGAGCUGCUGAAGUGGAUGAGGGAGACAUUCUAGACUUGAAGUGCAAACUUGAUGGUAGUCCAAUUCCAACCGUCCAGUGGUUCAAAGAUGGUCAGCCUCUACAUGCAGAUGAUCAUGUGAAAUUGACAGCUCUUCCUGAUGGGACUGUGCGGUUACUCAUUGAAGGUGUAAAGCCUACUGACUGUGGUGCUUACAAACUUGUAGCCAAAAAUAAGAAUGGAGAACAUGCUGCAUUAUGUGCUGUUGCUGUUAAACCAAAUAACCGCAAGCCUAGUUUCUCAAAGCCACUUGAAGGUGCUAAAUGUGUAGUUGGUGAGCCACUGAAGCUGGAAGCUCAAGUAGCAGCAUUUCCAGCUCCUGAAGUUAAAUGGUUCAAAGAUGGUCAGCCAGUUCGUCCAUCUCAGGCAGUUAAUUUCGUGAACCAACCUGGUGGUAUAAUUGGAUUACAUAUAGAUUCUGUAAAACCUGAAGAUGCUGGUGUUUACACUGUCAGUGUAAGUAAUAGGCUUGGUGAUAUAACUGGCUCUGCAAAGGUUGAAGUUGAACCGCGUGAGAAAAAGCCAACAUUCCAAGUACCUCUGCUGCCAGCAACUGUUGUUGAAGGUUUUCCUGCUAGAUUUGAAGUUAAAGUGGUUGGACAUCCACCUGCUACAUUGAAAUGGACUCACAAUGGGAAGGAAUUUGUACCUGAUGGACAACAUGCAAAAAUAAUGCAGCUGCCUGAUGGAACAAGUGCUCUAAUUAUUGACAAAGCUAAACCAGAAGAUGCUGGAGAAUAUGAAGUAAUAGCAACGAAUGAGAAAGGAUCUGUCCCAUCAAAAGCUCAGUUAGAUGUUACUGCAAGAGCAAGAGAUGCACCUGAAGAAAAACCAGCAUUCCUACAUGGUCUGAGAGAUGUUACAGUGGAGGAAGGUGACAGUCUCACUUUGACUGCUCCAUUUAUUGGAAAUCCAAUACCAGAUGUGGCGUGGAGCAAAGAUGGAACGUCUCUUUCACCGUCCGAUCGCAUUCUGUUAACAUGUGAUGGAAGGAAGGUUGGUUUGGAAAUAAAUCCAGCGUCCCUUGAUGAUAGUGGUAAAUAUACCUGCAAACUAGUAAAUCCUUUGGGUGAAGAUGAAACUACAGGCACUGCAACCGUUAGAAAAAUCUAUAAAAAGCCAAAUUUCACUCAGCGAUUCACAGAUCUCCAACAGAGACCAACGUUUGAUGCGAGAUUUCCUGCACGGGUUACAGGUAUUCCUAAACCAGAUAUUACAUGGUAUUUUAAUGAUAAACCAAUCCAAGAAUCAGAUAAAUACAAAAUUAAAAGGGAUGGUGAAACGUGUUGUCUGUUUGUGAAAGAUUGUCAGCCUACUGACUCUGGCCGAUACAAAUGCAAGGCAAUAAACAGAGAUGGUGAAGACUCAUGUGAAGCAAAUUUGGAUGUAGUCGAGAAGAUUGGAGAAACACAGAGAACAGAACCACCUUCUUUCAUGAAGAAAAUAGGUGACACUGAAGUAUACAAAGGCAUGACAGCAAAGUUUACUGCAUGUGCUGCUGGCAUUCCAGAACCUGAUUUUGAAUGGUAUCGCAACAAUGAGCGUCUAUUUCCAAGUGAUCGCAUUAGAAUGGAGCGAGAAGGUUCUGGACUCCUGAGACUUAUUAUAGACUCUGUUGAUCCUGUUGACAUAGGACGCUACCGUCUUAAAAUUUUCAACCCCCAUGGAGAAGCAAGCUGUGAAGCGGAACUUGCAUUUGAUUCACUGGAUACACAUCCAAAGCGUCCACUGGGCUACUUGUACACAGACUUUGAUAAAUAUCAAAGUUCUGCAGCACCUCUUCCAUUGCCAGAUAAACCCAUUAUUUGUAGAAUGAGUGACAGGAGACUGACACUGUCAUGGCGACCAUCGAUACCCAUAGGUCCGACAUUGCCAGUCACAUAUCGUGUUGAAAUGAGUGAACAUCCUGAUGGAGAAUGGUUUACUGCCAGAACAGGUAUUCUUGGGUGUGCUUGUGACAUUCACAAUUUGCAACCAUUCCAAGACUAUAAAUUCAGAAUUCGGGUGGAGAACAGAUAUGGCAUCAGUGAUCCUUCACCAUAUGCUGUAACUUACAGAGCACGUCUUGAACCGGAACCCCCGAAGUUCUUCCCAUACUUGGAGCCGGGAAUCGACUUCCGUCCUGAGACGUCCCCCUACUUUCCAAAGGACUUUGACAUUGAGAAGCCACCGCAUGAUGGAUAUGCUCAAGCCCCAAGAUUCCUUCGACAGGAGCAUGAUACCCAAUAUGGUAUCAAAAAUCAUAACUGCAAUUUAUUUUGGUUUGUAUAUGGUUAUCCUAAGCCCAAAAUGACAUACUACUUCAAUGAUGAAAUAAUAGAGAUGGGGGGACGGUACGACAGCAGCUACACACGGAAUGGACAAGCUACACUUUUCAUUAAUCGGAUGUUAGAUCGUGAUGUAGGGAUGUAUGAAGCUGUAGCCACAAAUGAACAUGGUGAAGCAAGACAGCGAGUUCGGCUUGAUAUUGCAGAAUAUCCUACAUUCAUAAAACGUCCAGAGGAAACAAUUGUUAUGUUAAGGAAAAGUGGUCGAUUGGAAGCAAGGGUCACUGGAGUACCAUAUCCUGAAAUAAAGUGGUACAAAGAUUGGCAACCUCUCACAGCUUCCAGCAGAAUUAAGAUACAGUUCCGUGAGCCAGAUACAUGCAUACUUGUUAUUAAUGAUGCCAUCAACAAAGAUGAGGGGCUGUAUUCAAUCAGUGCUCGUAAUGUAGCAGGAAGUGUGUCAAGCUCUGCCAUGAUACGCAUAGAGGAAAGUGAACAAGAAUAUGGUUACCUCACAUAUAGCAAAGGUAGGAACAUCAAGCCAAAGGCAAAACCAUUUGAGGAUCUGUAUGACAUUGGAAAUGAGCUUGGAAGAGGCACUCAAGGUGUUACAUAUCAUGCAGUUGAGCGAUUGACAGGUCGAAAUUACGCUGCCAAAAUAAUGCACGGAAAGUCUGACCUUCGUCCAUUUAUGAACAAUGAGCUUGAUAUACUGAAUGUGUUAAAUCAUCCAAAGAUAAUUCGGUUGCAUGAUGCUUAUGAAACAAGGAAUUCCUUGACUCUGGUGACAGAGUUAGCAGGAGGAGGAGAACUACUGACAAACUUAACAAAGGAAAGAUAUAUAACAGAAUCAGACAUAGCUGGCUACAUUCGACAGUUGCUAUGGGGGCUUGAACAUAUGCACGACCAAAACAUUGCACAUCUUGGGCUAACUGUGGGUGAUCUCCUUAUAUCACAUCAAGGUGGAGAUGAUUUAAAAAUCUGUGAUUUUGGUUUGAGCAGGAGAAUAAACUUUGGAAAACUAGCAUCUCUUGAUUAUGGAAUGCCAGAAUUUGUUGCACCAGAGGUUGUGAAUGGUGAUGGUGUCAGUACUAGUGCUGACAUGUGGUCCGUUGGUAUUAUCACAUACAUUCUGCUCUCUGGAAUAUCUCCAUUCAGAGGUGUUAAUGAUCGGGAGACUCUGACACGUAUAAAAGAAGGAAAAUGGGAAUUUAUUGAAGAGUGGUUUUCCAAGUUGUCCAUGGAAGCUAGGGAUUUCAUCAGCAAGCUGCUAGUUUAUCAAGCUGAUGGGAGAAUGGACGUCAAAGCUGCUCUCAAGCAUCCAUGGCUUCUGCGUGCUGAUAAAAUGCCAGCAGAUGAAUAUCAGAUAACAACAGACCGUCUCAAAAUAUAUUAUGACAGCUACAGGGAUUGGUACAACAAUGCUUCUUGCCGUACUUGGUACCGGCGCAAACCUUUGGCUGGUGCUUUCUCGCAUCCUUCACGUAUGGUGUAUCCUCCAGGACACAUAUACACACCAGAACCAACCCCAGAACCACAGCGUAGAGAAUCCAAGGAACGCCGAACGUGGGAAGACCAUGUACCAUCAAGAGAGCCAAUUGAUUAUGAGAUUGGAAUGCCUAAGUCAGAGAGUCACUACCAGUAUGGUCCUGAUACAUAUCUGCUUCAGUUGCGUGAUGUCGACUUUCCCGUGCGAUUGCGAGAAUACAUGAAAGUUGCAGCAAACAGGGCUCCUGGUUAUUCAGCACACUUGACUGAAACUGCUCCAUAUGACUGGAGGACACCUGUAAUACGAGAACGGCGUCGUUUCACUGAUGUUAUGGAUGAAGAAAUAGAUGAUGAAAGAAAAGAACGCAUAAAUAAAUAUGGCUCAGGGGAAGUGUAUUCACUUCGGCGUUUAAGACAUGAGCUUGGAACUAGGUUGGAUGGGCAUGCAGAAGCAGAGGCCAUAAUUGAAUACAAGAGAGAAGGACAGCCUCCAUUCUUCCGAGAAAAACCACAGACUCCUGUGCCAAUUCUUGAGGAUCAGCCAGCUGAAUUAUCAUGCCUUGUAGUUGGCGAUCCAAAACCAGUUGUUCAGUGGUUCAAGAAUGAUCAGGUGGUAUUAGAGAGCAACCGUGUUAAGGUGAGAGAAGAUGAAGAAGGGCGUUCAUUUUUGCGAUUAGAACCAGCAUUACAUAUUGACGUGGGAAUCUACAAAGUUGUUGCUCGUAACAGAGUAGGACAAGCUAUCAGCAGGACACGAAUUGUUCUGGCGAGCGUACCAUCCUCUCCAGAUUCUCCAGAAGCAUCAGAAGUAUCUGACACAGAGGUAUUGCUGAGGUGGAAACAGCCAAAAGAUGAUGGAAAUUCUGCUGUUUUAUGUUACAGCCUACAGUACAAAGAAGCAGAUAAUGUUGAGUGGCUGGAUGUUGCAAACAACAUUGAUCAUGAAUUUUUCCUUGUGCAUGACUUAAAACCAACAACAAAUUAUCAAUUUAGGCUCUCUGCUCGAAAUCGCAUUGGUUGGAGUGAAAAGGGCAUUCCUACAGAGCUAAUUAAAACAAAGGAAUCAGGGUCACCAAAGGUUCAAGUCACACGUGCAAUGAAGCACCUUCAGCAAAUCACAGAAUCAGGACAGGCCAUCACAAUUGAAGAUUCUAAGCCAAAACUUGACUACUCAAUAGAAAAGACUCCUGUCGAAUGGACCACUGAGGGAUCACUGACUGAGAAAUACAGUUUUGUCUCAGAACUUGCCCGGGGGCGCUUCUCCAUUGUUGUCAAGGGAAUUGAGAAAAGUUCGGACAGGGUAGUUGUUGCAAAACUUUUAGAAUUAAAGCCUGAGACAGAAGAGCAGGUGAACAGGGAAUUUGAAGCUUUGAGAUCAUUGAGGCAUGAACGCAUUGCUUGUUUGGAAGCAGCAUACAAGAUCUCAGGAUCUGGUGUGGCUGCACUUGUUGAAGAAAAGCUUCAGGGAGCAGAUGUGUUGACAUAUCUCUCAAGUAAACAUGAAUAUACUGAGCAGCAAGUUGCUACAAUAAUAACACAAGUGUUGGAUGGACUUCAGUAUCUCCAUUGGAGAGGAUACUGUCAUCUUGACCUCCAGCCUGACAAUAUAGUCAUGGCUUCUGUAAGAAGUGUACAGGUGAAGCUGGUUGACCUUGGAUCAGCUCAGAGAGUCAGUAAAUUGGGAACUGUUAUUCAAAGAGUUGGUGAGACAGAAUACACAGCUCCUGAAAUACUCAAUGAUGAACCAGCAUAUCCACAGUCAGACAUCUGGAGUGUGGGUGUAAUUACUUACAUUCUUUUAUCUGGAGUGUCACCAUUUGUGGGCAAAGAUGCUGAAGAGACUCGUCAAAAUGUCACAUUUGUACGAUAUCGAUUUGAACACUUAUAUAAGGAAAUUACUCAAGAGGCCACAAGGUUUCUUAUGCUUAUCUUCAAACGGACACCAAGCAAACGACCAACAGCAGAGGAAUGUCAUGAGCAUCGUUGGCUUUUACCUUCCGAAAUAACAAUCAAGAAGCGAGAGAGAGCUGUGUUUCUUGGAAACAGAUUGAAGGAAUUUUCGGAAGCUUAUCAUUCAAAGAAAACUCAGGACUCCAUAAAGUCAGACUCCCUGACAGGAGCAUUUGGAGGCAGUGGGAAAGCUGCCCUAACUCGUUCAAGCAGCAUCCAAGAAGAAUUGUAUACCACCUUUUAAAUACAUUGAGUGCUACAGUUUUUUGGACAUAUUUCUGGAGAAGUGGGAUAGACACUUGAGUGACCAUCCCUUAUUCUGCCUUUGAUAUACAAUAAUUAAACAGAAUGUGCAAAUUGUAUUUGACAUUUUGUGGGAAAUAUAGUCAUAUUUUUAUAAUGAAAAUCAUUUGUAAGACACAAAUAGAGGCUUCAUGAAGCAGCCUUCAUCAGUAGUCACUGUGAGCUGAAGUGGCAGUGUGAGACUCGUGUGCAUUACUGUUUUAUCUGUACAUUCCACAUCAUCAAAUCUGACUUGCUGGGAUGUACUAAUUCAUAUUCAUUUGCCAAAUGUGCCAUUCAGGAAUGUGACCCUCGAUACUAGUGCUGGUUAUCUCAGCACAUCCUUGAUAAGUGCAAGUCUGUGAUAGCAUGUACUGGGAAAACUGAAUAUUUAAUUUUCAUCCCUCUUAGUUUUAAGUGCACAAAAUUUUCCUUUUGUUUAACCAUGCACAUAAGGACAUAGUGCCAAAGUUUCCUACUGCUCUCAUCAGUAGGGAAUUUUUGGUUCAAUUUGUAUUGUGCGUUCCUUGGAUCAUUCACAGAAUCCAUCACAUAAUAAAACACAUCAAAUGAUGCUAGCAAUUCACAAAGAUUUGUUCAUUACACUCCAUGCUGAUGAGUGGAAAAGGGCAAAUAAAUCUAUUACUUAUCUACAUAUUGUCAUAAAUAUGUAUUUCAAGGGGAACAUUAAAAGUAACAGCUAAAGAAAUUUGUAUAGAAGGAACAAUUUUAUACAUGUAAAGUGUAAAUCAAUAUUCAUAGUUUACUGAUGCAAUUAGGUAAAUGACUGUGAUAAUGCAUUCGCUAAUGCUUCAUAAUCAUGUAUAAAGUUAUUUAAAUAAAAUAUUUGUGUAAUAAAACA